AAUAAAAAACGAAAAUAAUUCAAUGUUUGACAUUUGUUGUUGUUGUAAUCCUUUGUGGUGUCAUUUCUAAAAAAAUAAAAGAAAAUAAGAAAAUCUAUUCCCUGUGGAGGGAAUUUAUAAGAAUUUUGUAUAAGUAUUUGAUUUUGCUUGAAAUAUUAGAACAUGGAUUUGGAAUCUUUAAAUUUUACGGAAUUACGAGAUGCCGAAAUAGUUGCUCGCAUGCGUAAAUGUAAUUAUGAGAAAUUUAAGACCUUGGUGCGCAUGCAUUUAUCAUUUGAAUUGGAUUUAAAUACAGAUGAAUUCGAUUUACCCUGUCACGAAAUUGUUUAUGAAGAUAAGGGCAAACUAAAGAAAUGGAAUCGUUUAAGUAAAAAACACAAACAUGGUGGUGUUAUGGCCGCUGCUUUGGCUACCGGUUCGGCUGGUUGUGCUUCUGUGGGUGUGGGCCAUAAAAGUGGCCAUAACGUCAAUGGUAACUGUGACGAUGGCAGUCCGAUUGAGGGCUUACAUCAGCAGAUUGAUGCGGGAUUUCUGUUUCAUUUGCAAGAAUUGAAAGAGUUUUUAAUGUUGGAAAAGAAUCUACAACAAGAAGGUAUUUUUCGCAAAACUGGUUCAGCAUCCCGACAAAACGAUCUACGUGCACAAAUUCAAAAUGACAAGCCAUUGGAACUAGAGACAUCUGGCUAUUCGGCUCACGAUUGUGCCACAGUCUUUAAAGGUUAUUUAGCCGAUUUGCCAGAACCUCUACUAACAGAUGCCCACUAUCCGGCUCAUUUGCAAAUAGCACCCUUAUGUUUAGGCAUUAAUCAUCAUCUAGAACAGGAUAAGUCAACAACCACAACCACUAAUAAUGCCGAACGUGUUAAAAAGGAAUUACAUGUUUUGAAUUCCAUACAAUUACUUUUACUCCUAUUGCCCGAUGAAAAUCGUCAAUUAUUACAGAACAUUAUCGAUAUGUUACAUGCUGUUGCACAGCAACAUGAAUUCAAUAAAAUGGGUCCCGAAAAUUUAGCCACUUUGUUUGCGCCACAUCUUAUAUGUCCCCGUAAUUUACCGCCCGAAGCUUUACACUAUUUGGCAAAGAAAAUGUCUAGUAUUAUUGCUUAUAUGAUUAUAAGAGGACAGGAUAUAUUUUCAGUACCCGCCAAAUUGGCCACCGAUAUUAGAGCCUAUUUCUUAGAACGUAAACGUAAGAAAACCAUGUCUCCCGAAAUGACUUUGGAUGAUUCCAUAUCGGAUAUAUCAACUGUAAAUACAGUGUACACAUUUGUUGAUCGUGAGAAAACUGCAGCUGCUCAUAAUACCAAUAAUACCGACACUGAGUUGGCUCAAUUGUAUGCUCAUAUACAAUCGUUGCCGGAAUCCUCAAAGAAACGUAGACUGAUAAAACAGUUUAAUAAACAGAAUGGUCAAGGUAAAACCUCUUUGUGUAUUUCCAGAGAAUAUCUAUUAACACGCAGUGUUCUAACCGCACCCCCCGAAGAUACCUCAUUUACAAGUCAUUCAGAUGAUUUUGAUAGUUCACAUGAAAUCGAAGAAAUCGAUGAGAAUCAAUUGAGUUCCAGUUUAUUAUACUGUUUAGAUGGUAAUCGACCAGAAAUUACAAAUGAUUCGAAUACAACAACAACGGAAAAUUUCGAGGAUAAUGACGACGAUACCGAAAAUACAACACAUACCAAUGAAGAUACAAACACUGCAACAUUGGCAUUACUUAAAACAGUUACAGCCGUUAGCAGUAGUAGUAGUGGUAGUAACAGUAGUAAUAGCAGUAGUGCUACUAGUGGCAGUAGUAGUAGUAGUAGUGAUAGUAGCAAUAGCGCUAGCUCUAACAGCAGUAACAGCUGUCAUACUCCUCAUAUACCUUUGAUAACUACAAAUCGUUUAGCCAACAAUCCCUUUGUUAUACUUAACAAUGCACGUAAACGUGCUGCUACCCAAGAUUUGGAAAAAAUCUCUUCAACACUCUUCAACAGUCAUGCACAAUCACCCAAUCCUACUACUACUACUACUGCUCAUACUUCCUAUCAUACAGGUUUAGCAGCAAAACAAUUAAAUUCUCCCACAAGCAGCAAACCAAAGAUCAAUUGUAAUUUUGCAACAAAUUCCAAUUCUUCUUCAAACAAGGAAAAUUGUGAACAUAAUGAGAACUAUGUGGUUAGCAAGAAAAUGCUUAUAAGUGAGUAUCCUGGAGAAACUUCUUUUUAACAUUUAUAAAAUUUAAUAUUUAUAUAAAAGAAAACAUUUUUUAACUUAAAAUUUAUAAACAUUUAAACAGUUUCUUAGUUUUAUAACAACAAAUUCAUUUUAAAACCGUUGUACGGUUACGUUCUUCCUAAAAAUAAUUUUCUUUAAAGAAUUUUAAGAAAUAACUUUUUAAUUAACUGUAAAUGUUUUAGCAAUUUGUAAAAAACAAACAAGAGAAAUUUUAAUGACAAUUGUUAUAAUUUUUAAAUGCGUUAAUAGAUUUUGAUUGGACUAACCGGAACGAAUCGUUUUAUUUCAUUGAAAUUUAAACUCUUUUAGGUCUAGUCUAAAGUCUACUCUUUAGUCUAGUGUAUAGAAAGUCUAUAGACUGUAGACUAGACUACAUUCUAACCUAUAGUCUAGUCUAUAGUUUAGU